CUACUCGCUAGGUCUCCAGCGAUGGCAUCGACGCCGCCGCCGCCGCCGGCGGCGAAAUGUCCCUCGGCCGUUCCCACCACCAUACAAGAUCUCGACGACGACGUCCUCCGCGAGGUGUUCAUCCGCCUCCCCGCGCUCCCGAGCCUCGUCCGCGCCGCGCUCACCUGCCACGCCUUCCUCCGCGCCGUCCGCUCGUCCCCUGCCUUCCGCCGCCGCUUCCGGGAUCUCCACCCGUCUCCCUUUGUCGGCCUCUUCAUCCAACGCCUCAUCGAAAAAUGGGAGCCCGGCGUGACUUCCUUUGCCGCCCACCACCGCCGCUCCGACCGGGACUUCGCCGCCGCUGUACGCGGCGGCGAUUUCGCCCUCAACGGCCUCCCGGACCCAGACGACGACAAUGAAGACUGCGGCGACCAAGACAAGGACAGCAACGAGGCGGAGGCGGAGGAGGACAGCGACGAAGAAGUUGAGAACAACGAAGAUGAGGAGGACAGCGACGAAGAAGAUGAGACGGAGGAGGAGGAGGAUCCCUCUCCGGUGUGGGAGAUCGAGCGAUGCAGUGACGGCUACGUGGUCCUCUUCAACCGGAUGGCCAGGCAGAUCGCCGCCUACAACCCUCUCACGCGGGCGCUGCAUCUCUUCCCCUCGCCGCCGGGCAUCUUCAAAAGCGCCUUGACCUUUCAGUUCCACUUAAUCUCCUCGGAAGAGCACCCCGGCUCGCCGCCCCGUGUGGUUUGUUUCUACUGUGGCUACCUUUACGCCUCCGUCGGCGUCAUCUCGCCGGAGAGCACCGAGAUUAAGUGGCAGAUAUUCCCUGAGCCUUUGAUACCGGGGGCAGUGGGAGCCACCGGCAAGAUGGUGAACGGAUCCCUCUACUGGACACACCCAGGGAGACUCUACAUCACCGUGCUCGACACCGCGACGCUGCAGUUCUCUAGAAUGGAACUGCCGCCGCUCUUGGCGGUGGAAGAAGGCAGUAACCGUGAUUGUGAUUUUGUGCUUGGUAAUACCAAGGAUGGGAGGCCCUGCAUCGUCUCCCCGGAUCCGUGGGGUGGUUGUGAGCUCCUAGUCUUUUUCUGGAGACCCGAUGAAUACGACGGUGUUGAGAGGUGGAAGCUGGACCAGGAGUUCAAACUGAAAACGAUCCGUCGGCUCACUGAGAUUGAAGACGAUGCUUAUGUCGUUGUGCAUGUUAUGGAUGUUACCGAUGGAAUCGUGUACAUGCGUACUGCCUAUGACGGGUAUACUGAAGUUCCUCAACUGCUCCUAUCCUUUUGUCUCGAGACAGCCGAGCUGAAAAAGAUCUGUGAAUACGAUCACAAGCUCCAUCCCUACGUCAUGGCGUGGCCUCCUUCUUUGGUAGGAGUACAUGAUAAGGGGCACCCCUCAAAUGAUCAAGCUCUGUCUACCCCGAGCUCCGAAGGAAGCGAUGUGAAGGCUGGAGGUGGCCCAACAGAGCCUGCAGCAUCGGUUCCCAAAGCAUAAUAGGAUCACUUGGAGACUUGGUGACAUGGGUGUGGUGUCUUUUGGCAACGCUGGUUCAUGAUGACUCAAGCAAUACCUUGAAGAUUGAAAUCCUUGUGUCGUACUGGCUGCGGCUAUCUUGAGAGCCCGAUGUCCUCCUCUUAUCUAAAUGUGCCUUUUGCGCAUUGCAGUAUUUCGGAAUUUCAGAUCCACUUGAACCUUCUUGGACCUUGGUUGUUGAUUGCUUGGCACUUUAUAUGGUUAUUAAUGGUCAGAUUAUGAACAGCGUGGUAAUUCGAAGUUGUGAGCAUUGCAUUUGUUGCUGCUGGAACAGCGGUGCUGGUUUGGUGCAUGCUGGAUUUUGCUGGGCUGAUGCAUGUCUAGUCCUGCACUCCUACUGCUGCUAGUUAAUUAUAUUGUUUAUGAUUUGCUUUGCGGACUA